AAAAAAAACAACAACUUUAAGAAAACAAAUAAAUAAAUAAAAGAGUAUCAAAAGGCGUUCACCAAAAAAGGUACAAAGUCCUUUGGGAGAAGAUAUCAUCAAAGAGAAAAGCCCUAAUUAAAUCUCUCAUCAAUGGCGGAUUUGGAUAAACUCGAGGGUGGAGGAGGAGGAGGAGCCGUCGUAAUCGCCGACAUUAGAGCCGAUGAAGGCGGAGGAGCGGUGGAGGAGAGGGAGAGGUUAACGGAACUUGAAGGAAUUUCUGUGUUGGAUUUCGAUUUGCUUUGCUCAACGGUUGCGCUUCAGACUCAGGGGAAAUGGAGGAAGCUUGAGAGCUCGGAGGGAGAAGAUGCGACGGAGGAUGAUUAUGGCGGUGGCGUUUUACGGCUUUGGGAAGGCGAUGUUAUGGAUUGCUUUGAAGAUCGUCAUCUCUGUAUCGAAUCUGCUUGCUGUCCAUGCUACAGAUUCGGGAAAAACAUGACAAGGACUGGUUUUGGUUCUUGCUUUCUUCAGGGUGCUGUUCAUAUGAUUCUUAUUGCCGGUUUCUUAUUCAAUGUUGUUGCUUUUGCUGUAACUAAGAGGCACUGCUUUCUCUAUCUGGCUAUUGCUUUCGUUCUUUUGAUUGGAUCCUACUUGGGUUUCUUCCGUAUGUUGAUAAGAAGGAAGUUUAAUAUUAGAGGUACUGAUAGUUUCUUGGACGAUUUUAUCCACCAUCUCGUAUGUCCAUUCUGUACAUUAACUCAGGAAUCUAAAACUCUGGAGAUGAACAAUGUUCAUGAUGGUAUCUGGCAUGGUCGAGGAGACACUCUAUGUAUAGGCGGCUAUUCCGAAGGAAAAGCUUUUCUCGAGCUGCAUUCGCCUCCAGUUAUUGCCUCAACAAUGUCAUCAUCUCAACCCUAACAACACACAACAGAGUUCAUUCACAGAAACCGCAACCAAGUUCUGUGGCCUCCAUAGCAAUCUGCAUUGGUGUCAACAUCGGCUUAUGGCAAUUGAUUUGCUCAACAGUGUAAACUGAUUCAUGUCAAGAGAAAACUUUCAUGUUUAGUUUUGGAAACUGUGGUAUAUAGCAAACAUGGAAGUUUGAUAGAAAUGUCCUGUAAGGUUCUAAAAGGAGAGAGGCUAAGAGGCCAUUUGUAUGCUAAUAGUGAAUCAGUCCAAGUUACGUAUAUACAGCCACCUAUUUGGGUCAUCCACCACCCAUCUUGUGGAGUUUUUUAGUAUUGAAAUACAAGACAUCAUGCUUGUUGAUCGUCCAGUAGAAAUCAUAAACUGCAGAAUAAAAAUGAAUAGACUAGAAACAAUGUAACAAUGUAUUUUGUGUGGUAUUUUGGUCUUGUUCAGUUCUGUUCCCUAAUCAAAAUCAGACAAGAAAAGCAAAAAGGGGGAAAAGAAGGCAAUUAGAUACACAAAGUCAUUCAUGGAUGUAAACACUUUAUUC